UCAGAUAUUGUAUUAAGGAUGGAAAAUAAAAAUCAGACUAAAAAUUCUGUUAGUAAUUUCACAAAUUUGCUCGAAUUUUUUCAUAUUGUUGAAAAUUUAAAGAAAACGAAACGUACUGGAUGGAUUCAAUUUAAUAUCAAGAAUCCUGAAUCAAUAUCAGAUCAUAUGUAUAGAAUGUCAAUACUUGCAUUGUUAUUGAAUGAUGAUGAUCUAGAUAAGAAUAAAUGUGUCAAAAUGGCCGUUGUUCACGAUUUAGCUGAAGGUAUAGUGGGAGAUAUAUCGCCUGCUGAAGGAAUCACAAAAGAAGAGAAACAUCGAAGAGAAAUGGAAGCAAUGCAACAUAUUUGUAAAGAAUUACUUGGAAAUUCUUUACAAUCUCAGGAGAUUUUUUCUUUGUGGCAGGAAUAUGAAAAUGGUGAAACUAUGGAGGCAAAAUUUGUAAAAGAUUUGGAUAAAUUUGAAAUGAUCUUACAAGCUUUUGAAUACGAAAAAUCGGAUAAGAAAGAUCUUAGUGAAUUUUUCGAAACUACGAGAGGAAAAUUUAAUCAUCCUCUUGUAAAAUCAUGGGUUGAGGAACUUUAUCUUAGACGAGAAACAUUAACAAACUAAUUUUAGUGUGUUAUAUCUAUUACGAUUAUUAUUAAUCAUAAUGAAAAACAGAACAUUUAAUAAUUUUAAUAAUUUAAAUUUAUUUGCGAUUAUUAUCAGAAUCAAAAUUCCUGAUAUAAAUUAAUCAAAAAUAUAAUUUAAACCUAAUUUUGUU